AUGGGAGGUAAUGUUAAUGAUAUGUCGGAUUUCAUACAACUACCAACGAUUGAGUUACCAAAUUUCGAUGGAAAUCUUGUAGAAUGGUGUUCUUUUCGAGACACUUUCUUAUCAUUGGUACAUACUAAUCCAAAGAUCGGAAAGUUAAAACGAUUUCACUAUUUGUUAAUGUGUGUGUCUGGGUCAGCACGUACAAUUGUUAAGUCUAUACCCCUCUCAGAAGCCAACUAUGACAUAGCUUGGGGAGCCAUGAUCGAACGUUAUGACAAUCAACGUCUCCUUGCCACGGCUCAUUUAGAUAAGUUAUUUGCUUUUCGUCCGAUCACUACGGAGUCACUACCGUCGCUCUUAACGUUCGUCAACGUCUUUCAAGAAAACAUUGCAGCAAUCAAAGCGUUGGGGGUAACAGAUCUGGCGGGAUUCAUUUUGUUUUUUAUCGGUUCGCGGGUGCUUGACCCCGCCACGCGUCGCCUUUUUGUAAACAGUGUCACACAUGAUUCGAUUCCUACGUUUGACCUGUUAAUUAAGUUCGUACAACAACGGUGUAAGAUAUUAGAAUACACUCAAGGUCUAUUCAAGGUCGACACUCGCACUAACAAAACUAAGCCCACGUCUUGUGCUCGAUCGUUGUUGUCUACAGGAACAACCAGUAGUUCGCCGUCCGUGAAAUCAUCUCACAACGUAGGCUCGGCUUCCUCUGAGGGAACUAAAUAUUGUUCUUGUUGCCAAGGUGACCAUGCAAUUUACCGAUGCAAUACGUUCAAAAAAUGGUCAGCUGUUAAACGUCGUGACUAUGCAUUGAAAAACCGACUAUGCUUUUCAUGUUUGAGCGCUUCUCAUAUGGUAAACGCGUGCUCGUCUAAAUAUAAUUGUAAAGCUUGCGGUCAACGGUACAACACACUCCUACAUUUGAAUAAAGGAGAGGGCACUACUUCUCCAUCUACGUCGAAUCAGGUGACUACCGCUGACCCCUCUGACGGUACUGAGAAACGUACUCAUUUCGCAGGAGCUGCACGGGCAGAUAAUACGGUACUGUUGGGUACAGCCAUCGUACGCGUACGGAAUAAAGCCGGCAGUUAUGAUAAUGUACGUAUACUAGUUGAUAGUGGUUCGCAAAUUUCUGCUAUUACUACUGAGUGCGUCACUCGACUAGGCCUCGCCCGCCGCAAAUGCCGGACCGAAAUAUUAGGUUUGGGUCAAAGUCCCGUUAAGCAAGUGAGAGGGAGCGUCACGUGUUCCUUUUUACCACACCAUGCUUCCAGUCCAAUUUUCAAUUGUCCCGAGUUGAUAGUCCUCAAUCAAAUCACGUCAUAUUUGCCAUCAGCUCCGUUACCAUCAAGUGUGCGAACGUGUUACCAACAUUUAGCCUUAGCAGAUCCACAGUUCGAUCACCCUUCAAAAAUCGACAUGCUUAUUGGAGGUGACUUAUUCCCUCAUCUCAUUCAUACUGAGGGUGAAAUCAAGCAUACUCCAGGUUUCCCGUCAGCGAUAGACACGCAUCUUGGUUGGAUCUUGAUCGGAACCGUCUCCGCACAGGAUCGGCAGUCAUCGCCUUUGACAUCGUUAACAGCUAGUUCGAAUCCGUCCAUUGACACUCUGAUGCGUCGUUUUUGGUCCUUUGAAGAGCCAGUUUCUCCAAUUUCCCCUACGACUGAAGACGAAUGCUGCGAGCGAUGGUUUUUGCAAACAACGUCGAGGAAGUCGGACGGCCGCUUUUGUGUAGCUUUACCGUUCCGAGAUAGUUUUCGUGCCGAAAAUAAUGUACCUUCUCAUGGGUUAGGGGACACGAGGUCAUUAGCUUUAAAACGACUGUACAACUUGGAACAACGUCUAGGUAAGGAUACUAAACUAUACAACGCAUAUCGUUCCUUUAUGGACGACUACUUGUCCCUUGGGUAUAUGAGACUUGCGUCCAGACCGGGUAAAUACUUUAUUCCGCAUCACGCGGUAUUAAAACGUGAUGGGGAUGUGUCUAAGCUGCGUGUUGUCUUCGACGCUUCAGCUAAGUCGUCUUCAGGCUUAUUCCUUAAUGAUACAUUAUGUGUCGGUCCCAAAUUGCAGAGCGACAUAGGCGAAUUAUUACUUCAAUGCCGUCUAUAUAAAUUUAUAUUCAUUGCUGAUAUUGUUAAAAUGUAUCGCCAGAUUGAGGUGCGUGACGAAGAUUGUGUAUACCAUCACAUUUUGUGGCGAAGUUCACCUGACCAUGAUGUACAAGAAUAUGAAUUAUUAACGGUGACGUACGGUCUGAGUUCCGCUCCCUUUUUGGCCAUCCGGGUUCUGCAUGCUUUAGAUCAAUGCUCCGAGCCACAAUUUCCUGCGGCAAAGGGGAUUCUGACCCAUAACACUUAUGUCGACGACAUUGUAGUUGGGCGCAACACUGAAGACGAAUUGCUUCACGUUCAAAAUCACAUCAUUGGAUUACUACAGUCAGCUGGAUGCAGGUUAAAGAAGUGGUGUAGCAACAGUGCAAGCGUGUUAAGGUGUGUUUCUCUAGAAUAG